CGGAAGUCCAUCUAGUUUUAUUUCACAGAAGGUUGUUUGGUGAUUGUUCUUGGUGGAUUGCCUUUUUGGAAAACUGUUGUCUAACAAUACAAGCAGAAAGCCAACUUAACUUUAAGGACAGUUUCUGCUAUCCUGCCCUCCACUUACUUCACCAACUUUCAUAGAAUUGAUCACUGUUACCAUGACCGCCAAACCCACCCAAACUCAAUAUGAAGAGGCCUACAUCUCCCUGAUGAAAGACUUUAAAGAGCUGGAUCUCUGUGGUCCCUGUGUUCCCAGCGAUCUUGUCCUGAUUGGAGACCAUGCCUUUCCUUUAGCAAUGAACAGCCGAGGCCAGGCGCUGAUGGCGGCCUCUCUGUACGGCCGUGGAAGGAUUGUGGUCUUGGGUCAUGAGGGCUACCUGACCACCUUUCCUGCUCUGGUAGAGAACGCUCUGACCUGGCUGAGAGGAGAUGCAUCCGAAAACCUGUUUGUGGGGGUCCACAACAACGUAAAGGGAGUGGCUGAUAAUCUCAGCACAUCCAGCUUCCAAGCCAAAGUUGUGGGGGCCUUUAGUGACGAUCUGAAAGUUGGUGUGUAUGUGACGGAUGCCUACAGCGUGGGUGCGGAUGCGAAGAACCUGGUGGCAUUUCUGAAAGCCGGAGGAGGAGUGCUGAUAGCUGGGCAGGCAUGGAGCUGGGCUGCAGAUCAUCCUAAGGAGAACACGCUGCUUCAGUUCAUAGGGAAUAAGGUGUCUGGUGUGGCAGGGAUCUACUUCUCUCAGCAUCUAGGUGAGGUAGAGUGCCUGCCUGUGUACCCUCAGAUCCCAUCCUCCUGGAUGGCUGUAGCUAAUGGUAAGGAUUUUGAGGACGACUUGGAGUUCUUACUCCAGGAGGUGUCGGAGUUUGACAUCCGAGGUGGAGCAGUGCCUUCUGAGGUUCUGGUUCAUGGCCCAUUAGCCUUUCCCAUCGGGACAACAGACGAUGGACGAGCAUUCCUGGCAGGAGCUUAUUAUGGGCAGGGACGGGUCAUUGUUGUGACACAUGAAGGAUAUAUGGGACGAGAGACGCUGGCUCCUUUUUGGAAAAAUGCCAUUCAUUGGUUGGAUGAAGGCCGACAAGGGAUUGUAGGUGUUGUGCAAGAUAAUGCCCUCAAUGUUCUCAGCAAAUCCGGGUUAAAGUGUGAGAAGUCCAACUUCAGGAAAGACCUGAGUGUAUUUGCAUGUACAGCAUACAGUGACCAACAUGUAGAGGAAAUCCAAGACUUUGUGGCAGAGGGGGGAGGCUUGUUGAUUGGUGGGCAUGCCUGGCACUGGGCUCAGACACACCGUGGGCAAAAUCCAUUGACAGAUUUCCCAGGGAACAAGAUCCUGAACAAAAUGGGCUUGAGUCUGUUGGGGGCAACAAUUGGAGCAGGGUGCUACAAGGCCCCUGUGCCCAGUCAGGCCAUCAAAGACACCUACCACUUCCGCCACCUUCUACACCGCUUUGCUGGUCAUGUAACCAAGGGGCAGCAGCUUACCCAGCAUGAGGAGAAAUGCCUUAAAAAACUGGGCAGUGACUGUGCCAACUACUUGCGCAUGCAGGCUCAUGACUGCUCCUCCUAUACGCAGGUGGUGUCCACACUCACUGACAUCUUAAAGAGUUCAGACAUGCCUCAAGUAUGUGACAGCUGCCCUGUGAAGAGUUCUAAAGACCACCUACUCCUCAGCGUGGGGGCAGAGGUAUAUAAGGUUUGCCCAGAUCCUGAUGCCCUCCUGCCCUACCUCAUCAAGCAUAAUCCCUUGAUGCCAGUGGUCUAUAACCACAAGGUCAAGAUGAAUGCCAACACAGCAGGAGGAGAGGAGUGGAUCAGUACAGGUCUCUACCUCUCUCCUGGUAUGAAGACCUACAUAGCCAUACCAGCAGAGAUUGUCAACAAGGGAUGGAAGAUCCAGAUAGGUUGUCAAACAGACCAUCUCAACGCUGCAGAGUUGAAGAGAGCGCCCUGCGUUCAUGAGCGCUUUCCUGUUACCACGGAGAUGACGCAGGUGUGGAACCUGUGGGGGGGACUCAUCUACCUGGUAGCCCCACCCAAAACCCAGGCUAAGGGGGUAGAGGUCACAGUGCAGAUGGCUGUACCUGCUCCAUAUUAUAAAUCUGGCGUGACAACACCAGCUGAUUGGGCCUUGCUGCGCACAGCUCCCUCACCCUGGGCAGAGUUGGAGUUUGAGAACAUCAUCCUCACUGUACCAUCAGAUGCCGUUCGGAACCUGGAUCGCCCCGAUGAGUUAGCAGCACACUGGGAUAACAUCAUGAGGGGGAUCGCUGACCUGGCUGUCAUACCACACAAACUUAAUCGUAAAGAACGCUUUGUAGCAGAUGUGCAGAUUUCCCAUGGUUGGAUGCAUGCAGGUUAUCCCAUCAUGACACACAAGUCUACAGCAACUGAUCUGGUCAGCAUUGACCAUGCUAGGACUAAAGGCCUGUGGGGCCCCAUCCAUGAACUUGGGCACAACCAACAGAGAGGCUGCUGGGAGUUCCCAUCUCACACCACGGAGUGUACAUGCAACCUCUGGUCAGUGUAUGUGCAUGAAGAGGUGCUGGGGAUCAACAGGACAAAGGCUCAUCCAGCUAUGACUUCAGAAAAGCGAAACAGCAGAGCAAAGGAGUAUGUUAAGGGUGGCAAGAAACUCGGCAGCUGGCAAAUGUGGGUUGCCCUGGAGACAUAUAUGCAGCUCCAGGAAAGGUUUGGUUGGGAUGCCUUUAAGAAGGUGUUUGCUGCCUACCACAAGAUGAGCAACUUUCCCAAAGACAACAAAGGAAAGAUGAACCUGUAUGCUGAGACUUUCUCUCAGACUGUGGGGAUGAACCUGUCUGGAUUCUUUAAGUCCUGGAGCUGGCCCAUAGAAACAGCCACUGAGGAGAAACUCUCCAACCUGCCUGCCUGGAGUGACCACCCCAUGAUCCAGUAUGACUGAAGUGUAGACUGCUGCUGAUUCAUGUGCUGGGAGAUGUGUAUAUUGAUUUAGUGUUAUAGUGUUAUUAUAUUUUUCCGGGGUUUUUUUUGAUCACAGACUAGAUUAUUAUAAUAUUAUAUGGUUAAAAAGAAGUCUGACUCAAAUUAAUACUACUUAUUGCAUGGCACUAAAUAGAUCUUUAUUGGAUUUCAGAAUACAGCAGCACUUUUAUCACAUAUUGCCAUUAGUUACAAGCCUUGUUCAGUUAAUCAUUGACUGGGCAAUUAGUAUAAUAUUGUGGCUGAUGUCAUGCUGUGUGUUUGCAUAUAGCAGAGAUGGAAUAAGUGC